UAAAGGUUUCUUUCUCCUCCCACUUUUUAUCUUAUUUUCUUUGUUUUUAUUUUUAAAUUUUGGUCCCCCUUUUUAUUGUAAGAAGCCCCAAAAUUUAAAUGGGCAUGCCGUAAAAAGUAGGGAAAAAUGGUUUUCGAAUUAAUAAACGCGAACCCCGUCGUGUACGAGAAGAAAGAGCGUCGAGCUCGAAGCGCGCCGAGUGAUUAUUCAGAUGAAUACGCCGCGGAACCCAUCGAUCAACAAGAAGUUUUCGAUCAUGUAAGAGAUAUAAAGGACCCAGAGCACCCAUACUCGUUGGAGGAGCUCAAAGUAAUAACAGAAGAUGCAAUCGAAGUAGAUGACAUGCAAAGUUAUGUUAGAGUCACAUUUACUCCCACAGUUGAACACUGCAGCAUGGCGACAAUUAUUGGACUUUGCUUGCGAGUAAAACUUUUGAGGAGCUUGCCUUCUCGUUACAAGGUUGAUAUAAGGGUAGCCCCUGGGUCUCAUGCAUCUGAAGCAUCAGUUAACAAACAACUGAAUGACAAAGAACGGGUGGCAGCAGCACUGGAGAACCCAAAUCUCGUGGAUAUGGUCGAUGAAUGCCUGGCUCCAUCUUAUGGUUGAACAUGCUGUACAUCCAUACAAUGUAGUUGGAUUAAUAGUUUCUCCGAGCCUUUUGAAGAAUUAGCUCUGAUCCAAUACUAGCAUUCGAUUUCUUUCCUUUCUCAGCAUAUUUGGCCAUUCCUGUUUUGUAAUCUGAGUUAGAUAUAAUUUGAAUGCCCCCUGGUUUAUUUCUAAGUCUUGUAUUGUGGGUAACUAUAAUAAUGCCUUGUGUUCUGGUAUCUUAGAUAUAAAAGUAGAAACAUUGUAAAUUUUUAGUAUCUAUUGGUAAGCAACAUCAUGGGUAUAUUUUAUCGAUUCAAA